GGACUUUCUACACACUCCAUUUUCACCACCUUUAUUAAUUAACCUCUUCCUUUGUCUUAUUUCUCAUUCAAUCACAAACUUUUAUUUUCUCUGCAAUUUCACACUCUCUUUACUCCUCAGCUAGCUUCUACUUCAAAUUCUUACAUAAAUUGCAUUUUCUCAAAAAUAUUCACACCAACAACUCAAACAUGCAAGUGCUUAAUCCAUCAAUGCUAUUUGCACCCCCAAAUACAAAAGAAAAUUUUAUGAAUGAACAAAAACAAUGUCAUGAUACAUCUUUUCUACCUUGUCAAAUUACCAACAUACCCUCAGAAUUCAUUUGGCCAGAACAUGAAAAACCAUGUCUAACACCACCAAAACUUGAAGUUCCACCAAUUGACUUAAAAGCUUUUCUCUCUAAUGAUCCAAAAGCAAUUUCAAAUGUUUGUUCAAAAGUGAACGAUGCAUGCAAAAAACAUGGUUUUUUCUUAGUUGUUAACCAUGGAGUUGAUAAAAAUCUCAUAACUCAAGCUCAUAAGCUUGUUGAUGAUUUCUUUUGCAUGCAACUAUGUGAGAAACAAAGAGCUCAAAGAAAAGUUGGAGAACAUUGUGGUUAUGCUAAUAGUUUCAUUGGAAGAUUUUCUUCUAAACUUCCUUGGAAGGAAACACUUUCUUUUCGUUACACUGCUGAUGAGUCUUGUAGAACUGUGGAGGACUAUUUUGUAAAUGUCAUGGGGGAAGAUUUUAGACAAUUUGGGAGUGUGUACCAAGAAUAUUGUGAAGCUAUGAGCAAUCUUUCUCUUAGGAUAAUGGAGCUUCUUGGGAUGAGUCUAGGAGUUGACAAAGAAUAUUUCAGAGAACUCUUUGAAGGAAAUGACUCAGUAAUGAGAUUGAAUUACUAUCCACCAUGUAAAAAUCCUGAUUUAGCUUUAGGAACUGGACCCCAUUGUGACCCUACUUCCUUAACCAUUCUCCACCAAGAUCAAGUUGAAGGUCUCCAAGUGCUUGUGGAUGGAACAUGGCACUCAGUUGUUCCCAAAGAAGAUGCCUUUGUGGUCAACAUUGGUGAUACAUUUAUGGCUCUAUCAAAUGGGAUAUUCAAGAGUUGCUUGCAUAGAGCAGUUGUAAAUGACAAAAUAGUGAGAAAAUCACUUGCAUUUUUUCUAUGUCCAAGUGAAGACAAAGUUGUGACUCCUCCAAAAGAGCUUAUAAACAAGGAGAAUCCAAGGAUAUAUCCAAACUUCAAAUGGCCAAGUUUGCAUGAAUUUACACAAAAACAUUAUAGGGCUGAUGAAAGAACACUUGAUGCUUUUUCAAGGUGGCUACAAGAGAGAAACAACUAAUAUAGAAGUGUCCCCACCUUUGUCAUAUUGCAAACAAAAUUUUAAAUUGAGUUUUUUUAACUUAAGGAAGAUGACAUCACAUAAAGUGAAAAGAGGGUGUGCUUUUGAUUAAGGGAAGAAGAUAAUAGAAAACACCAAAGAUUAAGCCAACUAUGUAAUUAGUGUUAGAAGAAUCCUAAUCCUAAUUAUGCUAAUGAGGAAAUGAAACAAUAUAUUCCUCUAGGAAUAAAAAGUUCAAUAAUGCUUGUUAUAUAAUCAUCAUGUUUUUCUUGUCACUACUAAAGCAUUUUCAUUUGUCUUUAGUUCUUCAACUUUAUUGUAAUUUUGUACUAACCGUAUGCAUGAUGUAUAUUAUGUAGAUGUUGAAUAUAUCCUUAUGAUAAAAAGUAAGUUGCACUUGUGUCUUCA